AAUAUGUCAGUUAAAUAAGUCAACCUCCAUUGUCAUGAAAUUGUGCUUUUCUUUGAACUCAGAAAAAGAAUUACAUCUUCUUUCAAUUCAUAAAGGCGAGCCAACAUGUUGCCUUUGGACAGCCAGCGUACUUCUGUAUGGAACAGAAGAACUUUGUGAUCAGAAUAGAGAUCCUCGCAAAGUAAAGUAAAUAACCGACUGUUCAAAGCGCUGCUUUUGAUGUAGUUUAAACUCCUUAUAGUCGAGUCCAAAGUCUGCCGUAAUUUUUGUGGCAAUGUUUCGGAAGCCAAAGCUUUCCGAUGAAUAACACAAUGUGUACUAACC